AUUAUGAAAAAAAAUAAUUUUCAAAUUUUCAUUUUGUAUAAUUAUAUUUACUUUUAACAAUAAAAAUAUAAUAAAUUUAUCAAUUGAUAUGCAGGUUGUACGUAAUUGCACCAAACUAUUUACACCGCCUGUACAAAUAAGAAAUAGCAGCAAUGCCCUAGUUAAAAACCAGAACUUGGCCCCCUUUGUAAACCGAAAUCCAAGAAAUCUAGAAAGGAUGCGAAUAGCUUACAAACCCGAUGGUUAUCAUGUAGAAAAGCCUGGAAAAAACUAUUGGCACAAGUUGAAUGUAACACUCUCAGGAAAGUAUGUUACUGCCACAAUAACCCACUUUGAAAAUGGAGAAGUAUUACGAGCAAGUACCUCAGAGUGGUGCAUCAAAAAAUAUUUGUACAGAGGCAAAGAUACAUCAGCAUUUAUUAAUUUAGGCAGAAUCUUGGGCUUUAGAUGUCUCCAAACUGGUCUCACAGAAAUCAGCUGUGAUCUAGAACCAAAAGAAGACUCAAAGGUAGCCUUGUUUUUAAAAGCACUUGAAGACAGUGGAGUGCAACUCAAAGAACCAACUCAAUUUAAGGCCAUAUAUCCUUGGCACUACGAAAGACCAGAGAAACCUUGGGAAGUUGUAGAAUAGUGUAUUUAAAAUAAAAUAUUUAACAUUUUGAAGAGUUUUAUUUACAAAUCAUAAUUAUUAACCAUAAAUACUACAAAUUUUGAUCUAUUGAUGGAAUAUUCACUGGGAGUAGUUGCCCUUGAUGUCUUUCCAUUGUUUCUGAAAAAAUAUAUAUAUUAAUGCGAGGGUUUUUACUGGGAAAUUUUUAACUUGGUAGAGGAUGUUAUAUAAUAUUCAUACCCCUUUGUUGUAGCUAUCAAAAAAUGUGUCGCAUCCCAAAUCAAAGCCCCUUUCAAAGAAAAACGCUGAUCCAACAAUAAUCAGGGCGAAGGUUGAUGUUCUCUUGAAAAGAGUAUUGUAAAUUGCGCUUGAAAGGGCCAUCUUAUUAGUUUUUCACAAAUAGAAAUUUGCAAAAUCCACUACCUCUCAAGACGCAAAAUUGACAGACACAAUUGACAAUGUUUACUGACGGGAGAUAAAGCACGCCGACGAGGCAGAAUUGCCA